GCUGCGCUUGCGCGUUGCCAGGCGGGGCUGCAUGUACAGACUGGGCUGUGUAGAGUGAGCUGGGCUGAUGCCCCUGCACUGAGACUAGCCCCAGCCUGGGCGGUUCCCGCACUGUCCCCGGGAGGCAGAUCAGUCACAGCCGGUCAGAGGAUCCAGGGUGAGUGAAUGGCACAGUGAGAGAGUGUCUGCUCCCAAGGCUGGCUGGGAUUUGGCUGUCUCUGUUCCUAUGCUGUCUUAACAUUUAACAUGAUGGAACUGCUGGGAAUUGUCACGUUGUGUAGCAUCCUAUUAGGAUCACCAGGCGUAAAAUCCCUUUCUCUUCACAAACGAGAUGUCGUGGAUAUGGCAGAAACAAACGGAGGAUUUGGUAUCGUAGGAACCGAUAAUUCUUCCAGAUCCAAACUAUAUACAGAACCAUCUCUCAUAACAAGUCAGCCUACAGCUGGCAACAAUGCAUCUUCAAAUGGAACGUUCUCCAAUAACUUACUUACUGGUGAAAGAGAAUCGCCAAACCAGUACAACACAACUGGAAAUGUCACCAUGAGAACAGAAACGUCAGCGAUCACUAGUCCUAAUUCUGUCUUUGGGGCGAAUUCUACUGAGAAAGAAAAGGCGCUGAUGGAAAAUGGAAUUCUAACCACAUUGGCUUCUACGGCAGUUGAUAUCAGCAGAGUAACUUCAUCCUUUGGGGAGACUACAAACCCAUCCCAGGUAGAAGAUGGGAAAAACAGGAAGACCCAAGAAAGCAAUUUAGAAAAUCCAUCUCAGGUUAACACUGUGGACAUGUUGACUACUAAUCCAAGAACCAGUAGUAUCAACACAGAGGAUGGCCUGUCCACUACAGCAUUGAAUCUUGCUGACCUACCGGUGAUCUCUACCCUGGGUAGCACUCUGAAAGAGGAAACCAGCUCUGAGAUAACUUUAGCGACUUUGCCUGGUGUUGAAAACUCCCCAUCUUACAGUGUUUAUGGUGGUUCAGAAACGCCAACACUAAUCAGUGGAGAAAGUACAAGAAGUAGUAUCACGGCCUCCCCAGUAAGUGAAGAAUGGGACGAUACAAAAAUAACAACACAGAUAGCCUUGACUGAUAAUACUGAAAAUGAUCUGAUAUCUUCUCAUGAUACAACAACUUACAUAACAGAUGUGGGUACUGAGGGUAAAGUGAACACAACAUUUAUGACCGGACUAGUCAGCAAACCAGAAAGUGAAACGUUUUUCGGUACAACUGAAGGUAUUGGAUUUACCUUGUCAACUGAAGACAUAGUGGAUUAUCAUGAACAUAAUGUUUCGGGUUCUGCGGAGCCUAUUGUGGAAUUCAUCGCUGAUACAGAUCCAUAUGUUACUAUUGUAGCAACUAGUGAUCAAAAUCUAGAAUCAAAAUCUCCUUUAUAUACAGCAGGUGUCAACCAGCAGAGCUCGGCAGAAGCUGUGCACAGCAAUGCCACCUUAACAGCUGCCAUACUUAAAGAAGAUACAACUGAAGAUGUCACUAGGGAACCUGCUGCCCGUGACAAUGCAGAAGAAGCCGCGUCAGAGAAUCCAUUAAAGGGCAUCAGCCCUCUUCUCCCGGAGUCUUCAUCCACAUCUGCCGAAGGUUGGAAUCCAGUAUCUAAGGAGGACGUGUUCUUGUCUGUUUCAGUAGCUCCAGCUGUACGUAGUGAAGAACCAGUUGAAGCCGAUAACACGGUUACCAUCACCGCAGUGACAUCUGUCCCAUUCUCCCCCCAAGUGAAUGUAAUGGCUCCUCCUGUAAGGCAGGUCACCGCCACAGCCGGGGGUGUCCUGGAAAAGCCGGAUUCUGAAGGUACAGAGGGAGAUGAAGAAGAUGAUGAAGAAGAAGAUGAUGAUGAAGAUGACGGAGAUGAAGAAGAAGAUGAUGACGAAGAUGACAAAUACACAGACUCUAUCAAUGAAAGCCUAGAAGGGGAUGCUGACUUGCCACCAUUCACUCUUCCAGGUCUGUCGUCCCAGGAACCUCUCGAAGACAAAAAUAAUGUUGUAUUGAUGGAUGGAACAGCUUAUCAGGUUCCCGACACACAAGAGUGGGAACAGCAGAACCAAGGAUUGGUAAGAAGUUGGAUGGAAAAACUGAAAGACAAGGCUGGGUAUAUGUCUGGGAUGCUGGCACCUGUGGGAGUCGGAAUCAGCGGUGCCCUAACCAUCCUUGGAGUUCUGUACAGCAUAAAGAUUAUAAACCGCCGCAGGAGAAAUGGCUUCAAACAGCAUAAGAGAAAGCAGAGAGAAUUUAACAGCAUGCAAGACCGGGUAAUGCUCUUAGCUGACAGUUCCGAAGAUGAGUUUUGAAUCGUGACUCCUCGAGAGUUGGAAUGCUCAAUGAAAGAUUUCUAAAGAGAAAAGACAUUUCUACAAUCUCACUGCUAUCCUCCAGCUGUCUAACACUCCGUAGUGACUACCAAUGAGUUGGGAUCAAUGGCAUGCUGUCCUAUAAAUUAUACCUGUUUUUUUAUACACAUGGGAUAUGCCAUGUUGUAUACCAGUGUUGAUUGUAGCCUUUGUACGGAUACCCUGGCUCCCAAGGGAGCAGCAAUUACCCAAUCCCACGGAGUACACUGCUCCCCUUUGUGCAAGUGUGGUUUGUUUUCUACCCAGUUAUUCUGUUUGUACUGGGUUACAUUGUAUUUAUCAAUGUACGGAGUCUUGUGAAAAACACCACAAAAAAAAAAAAAAAAAACACCAUGAAAAAGAACCAAUCGCAAAUGCUAAGGUAGCUAAGGUGUCCAACAUGACACGUGGGCUCUUUAAUCAAGAUAAAAUAUGCACCACAUUUUGGGGUUCAAUAUUUUCAGAAUCUGGUUCAAAAUAUAAUAUAAUAUCUGGGUUUCAAAUUUUAAAGUGGGUAAUCGGAUGGCAGUUCUGUUUAUUGAGGGGGGUAAAAAAAAAAUGAUGGCCUUAAAUUAUGCUUUUUAAUAUGUGUAUAGAUUUUCUGGGUAUAUGUUGCCUCACACUGCUUUUAAGCUGUAUAAAUAUUUUCUGGGUUUGUAUGACAUUGAUCUUUGUAAAAAAAAAAAAAAAAAAGCAAUAUGCUUGAAAUGCAAGGUAUGCAAGGAAGUUCCACCUACAGCGUGUGGACUUUUAAUGAUUGAUGAUCAUUAAGAAAUUUACAUUUUCUGGAACUCGGUUCCCAAGAAAUUUACUCCGGUAGACUCUACGCGGGGUAAAAAGGUAGUUGAAGAUCUUUGGUAUAGGAAUUCUGCUGAUCGCACGAUGCAUUAUAUAAAUGUUUAAACUAGUAUACAAACUGUGAAUUAUCGGGACAUUUUUUUUUCUGCUGUAAAUAAGGGAGUUCCUAAACUGAGCUUAAUGAACAAAAGCUGCGAUGUUUGUUCAGUAGGUUUAUUUGAAUAUGUGGUGUAUUACAUGUUGAUGUCUUGGUGUCUACUACACAUGUGAUAAGUGUAGAGUACUGCUGCAUGCAUAUGGACGUAUUGUUUGUUCCUGCAGCAAUGGUGCCACUAUUUGGCCGAUGGAACUGCAUUUAGUGCAGCUAGAGAUACUUUAUUUUUAGAUUAUACAGAUAUUACAGUAAUACUCAGAUAUUACAGUCAUACUCAAAGCAACACAAUUAAUGCAUAGCAUAUCAUUGUAGUUAUUAUGGAACAAUGGGUUUUUGGGUACCACCAUCCCUCCCCACAAUAUUAUCUGGGAAAUUAUUUAUGAAUGCAGUGACAUAAAUUGGGCUUU